AUACCUUCUUGAACAGCGAGAUGUGGAAAUCAAUGUCCGUGAUAAAUGGGACAGUACCCCUCUGUAUUAUGCUUGUCUCUGUGGACAUGAGGAGCUUGUACGCUAUCUUCUAGCCAAUGGGGCAAAAUGCGAGGCAAACACUUUUGAUGGAGAGCGUUGUUUGUACGGAGCUUUGAGUGAUGCCAUCCGCCGCCUGCUGAAGGAGUACAAGCAGAUCACAGCAAAGUGCAUGAAAAGAGACUACUAUGAUGUCUUCCUGCAGCGGUUGCUGGAGCAGGGUUACCAAAGUGACAUUGUUUUCAUUGUUCAUGGCAAAUCCUUCUGUGCCCACCGCUGCAUUCUUGGCGCUCGCAGCGCCUACUUUGCAGAGAUGUUUGAGACCAAAUGGAAGGGGAAGAACAUGAUUGUGCUGAAGCAUCCACUGAUUAAUCCAGCGGCCUUUGGCGCUCUUCUGCAGUAUCUAUACACAGGUCGUCUUGAUAUCGACGUAGAAUACGUAAGUGAUUGCAAGAGGUUAGCCAAGCAGUGCCGGCUGCCCGACCUCAUAGACGAUUUGGAGACCAAAUGUAAAAAAGUCUAUGAAUUUGUCUCUUCCAAGCCAGGGACAUGUGUGAAGGUGCUGACGAUUGAGCCCCCGGGGAACUGCCAGCUGCAGGAAGAUCUGGCUCUGCUAGCAGACUGCGCCCUGCCAGCCGAACUGCGGGUUGGUUUUGGGGAGCUGCCGUUUGACAGCACCGACAACUUCAACACUUGUCCCGACGUGUGUUUCCGGGUGGCAGAUUACAACUUUUUGUGCCAUAAGGCGUUUUUCUGUGGUCGCAGUGAUUAUUUCAAAGCCCUUCUUGAAGACCAUUUCAGCGAGAGUGAGGAGCUGCAGACGCAGCCCAGCAUCCCAGUGGUGACUCUCCACAACAUCUCAGAAGACAUCUUCAUCCGGGUCCUCUACUACAUCUACAGCGACGACACAGAG